AUGAACCUCGACGGCCUCCAGGAUGCGAACAGCGACAACACCGAGUGCACAGAGUACGCGCAAUGUCCUGGGCCAGUCUAUUCGCACAACGUGUUCCCCUCUGAACCUGACGCCCUCGGUGUUGCUAUGGAGACGGAGACACCGGCGGACAGGGCAAGCAAGGAGGAUCUCCAACGCCGCAGUGCAGCACGGGAAUACCAGGCCAUGGACAAUGCAAAUGCACACGGCUUCGAGCGCACAGAUAUCGCGCAGCAUCCAUGGCCCGUGUUUUCGUACGACACGCUCCCUUGCGAGUCGAAUGUCCCCACCGAUGCCAUGGAGAAUCACGGUCGAGACAAUGGUGGACAGGACAAUUUCAUCGACAACUCAGUCUACAGUAUUGAGAAUAUGCACGUCGACCGCGCGGACGGCCCCCCUUCAUUGAUCGACACGUGCCCAACAGCAUUCGUUUUUCUCUCACAUCUGGACCUCGUGGAUAUCCUGGCGACACCACCCCUAUCACGUUCCCCAUCCCCCAAGUACACACCAUCAUCACCCGUCUACAUUCCCUCGUCACCGGUCCUCUCGUCACCCCCGUCACCUCCGUCAUCCGUGUGCGCAUGCACACGCGAGGCCGACUGCCAUGCGGUGCGAGCAUGCAAUCACCCACUUCCGCUUCCUCAUUCCACUCUCUCUGUCACCCAUGAUCCCGACACUCGUAUCUGCAGGCCAAUGCACCCGCCCGGCUCCCAUGCACGCUGCACAUCUCCAGACUCGUACGAUGGCGACAAUGACUUACCAGGUUUAGUAAGUGUCUCGCGCGGUAAUGACAGUAGCGACAGCGAAUCGGACAUGGACCUCGAGGAUGACACGGACGACGACGAUAACCAUUUACAGUCGGAAUGCGAGCGCGAGGAUUUGAUGCGCGAGCGCGUCGAGGAAAUUCUCAUCAAGGCCAUGCGCGAUGUCACUGAAGAAGUCAUUGAAUAUCCCGCUCUCCUGUUCCCCCCUUAUGAACCUCCUACCUAUCUCACCACCAUCUCUUCUGAUCCGCACAUCAUUGCUGGAGACUUCGAUUGCCCACGUCCCCAGAUUGAGCUCCAGAAUCUCUUUGUUGCACUCAUCCCUGAUGAAAAACCCUUUUAUCUCGAGUAUAGCAAGGCGACUCACUACCUACUUUCUCCGGAGCCUGCUCUCUCCAACGAUGUGUACUUUGACUUGAACAACUGGGCAGUCGUACACCUGGUCAUUGGACCAUUCUUUUUGGGAACAAUCGACAAGAUUUUGGGUGAAGGAAAGGUUCAGAUUGGAGGGUGGAUGAUGUCGAAGACGGUCAGAAAAGAGGAGUAUAGAAUGAUGGUCUUUGAGCCCGUCACGGUGACUAUUGACGUUACCUACCUCAACAUCCCCUUCCUUGAAUGCUUUGCCUGUCGUCGCUCACCACGCGUCGGUCACUACUUGAUGGCAAAACUCCAAGUGUGA